AUGUGCUGUUGCUGCCACCCAGCUUUCAUCGAGCCUUUCGGGAGGGGUUUGUACAUAUCCGUACACAGUCUGAGAUACUUCGUCGUCCUAUGCCCGGCUGUGGGGACGGAUAUCGUGAGAAAUAUGCCAUGGGUACACAACACCUGGAACAACCAUCUGGCCUGUUUUUUUGGGGAUGGUACUCCAUAUGAUGGCUUACUUCACAUGUUUGAGCUCUUAACUUCUGACCCUAAGGGGCUCUGUCUCCCUAGUGACCUUCUAAUCAACGUUCAUUACCGAUUCGCGGCUGCAUUGCAUCUAUUCCACAUACAAGAUGAAGUCAAUCGCGGGUGGCCGUGUCCACGUCCACAAUGGAACUUUUCCCUUCCCGCGCCUGUUUCAUCCUUUUUCAAAUCAGUAUGGCUGUGCCUGCCCCAGUGUUUCAGAGUACUAUGCUACACACUUCUGGGAAAAGUCGGCCGCAAGAUGUAUCCCCUCGAGACAAGUGUCUGGACUCAGCGGCUGCCCUUUGGUCUAUACAUGAAACAAUGUAGGGCUCCAAGAAAUGAGGCACAUGUUCUUAAGCUUGUUGAGAACUACACCACCAUCCCUGCCCCGAGGUUAAUUGACACAUGGGAGCAUAAUGGUGUUUCGCAUCUCUUGAUGACACGCGUUUGUGGCGUGCGAGUCGGGGACGUAUGCCACCUGAUGUCCUAUGCAGAGCGCGAUCGCUUUGCUGAUGAUAUGAGAGAUUGUAUUGCUCAGCUACGCAGAAUCCCAAACACUACGCCAUACUUGAUCUGCGAUGCGCUAGGUAAGGGGAUUGUUGACCAUCGCAUUCCAGACAGCGGUCGGGGAGGGCCAUUCAAGACCGAAGCGGAUUUCAAUAACCACCUUGUCAGUCAUCUACGUGGCUCAUUCGCCGAGGUAGCCAAAUGGAGAGGGUUCACCCCGCGCGAACAUUCAAAUUUCUACUUUACCCACUCUGACUUACACCCAACAAACAUUCUUGUUGAGAAUGGUCGGCUGAGCGCUAUUGUGGACUGGGAGUCUGCCGGCUUUCGACCUGAGUAUUGGGAAUUCACGAAGGCUAUGUACGGCAGUGGCCUGGCCAGCCCUGGCGUGAUGACCUCUAUAUGGUGGCGCACAUUCGGCCGCGAAUAUGAGCCUGAACUCGAAAUCGAGAAGAAACUGUGGUAUGUGACUCCGCUUGGUGUCUGA